GGCGACGACGACGACGACGACGCCAGUCAAUGCCAGAGCGCGAAGCGGUCGCGUUGACAGCGGUAGCAGCUCUCCAAUAAUUCCCCAAUACAAUACAAUACAAUACAAUAUAUUAUUCCGUUCCGGCGACUCGACUUAUAUCGCCCAACGCUAAUUGCUUCGCUGUGAUACGCGAUUCGGUUCCGAGUUUCGGUGAGAUACAUCCAUCAGAUAUCAGAGCCAAAAUCGCCGACACGACUUGGCAACACUCACUUUGAUAGGAGGAUAAUUAAAGUGUAAUACAUUUUCCCGAUUCUGCCUUUCUUUCGGGGUCGUCGCUUUUGCCGGUGUUAAUUAAGCCUUCACACACUCAAGUGUGCCACUUGAAAUGUCCGCUCGGAGCACAUACGAACCUCUUAAGCACUGCCUUAUCGCCAGCCGGAUUCGGCCAACGGAGUAGACACAAGUAAAAAGUGAUCUCACAGAUAACGCCGAUUCGGAAUCAGUAUCAGUAGCAGUUUCCCAGGCAGUUGUGCACUCCACCGGCAGCUGGUAAAAAACCAGCAGAAUAUUCAUAAAUAAUCUUUGGAGGCAGCCACAUCGGCGGAUCAACUCCACUCCACUGAACUGCUGCUGGCCAUUGAAAGGAAGUGGGUCUUGUGACUUCGUCGUCGUGGUGCAGAUAAUUGAAUUUAAUGCACAAAUGAGCCCAAGGAAUUUGCUUUCAUAAAUCCCGUAUACACAUGCACAAGUGACGAAUGCAAUUCCUGCCCUGCACUCGCAUUGUCUGCCGUCUGCCAUCUGUGACCGCCGAGAAAAUUCACUUCCGAGUCGCACACAUCACUCCCGUCCCAAGAUGAAGGCGACCAGGAACGGAGGUCAGCUGCUCAUCGCCCCGUCGCCACACAGCCCCUCAGCCCGCCUGCUGCCCCUGCGCACCUACUCCAACGCCUCCUCCUUGGGCCACCACCAUGACAGGAGUCCUCUGCCGGAUGGCACGGACGAGGAGGAGGGUGGACUGGGCUACCACCACACGCUGAUGUAUGGUCGUUAUACCAAAGAUCUAGGAGAAUUUGCCAAGGAUGAAGCCAGAAAGCUCAAAAUACUCGAAAAGCGACGAAAGCAGGAAGAUAAACAAAGGAAUAAGGAACUGCUAGGCAAACACUCGACCCGGGCGAAGAAGGUGUCAUCAUGGAUCUGGAGGCACACGGUGGCCCGGCUGGGCGAGGAUUGGGUCUUCCUGGCGCUACUGGGCAUCAUAAUGGCGCUGCUCUCAUUCAUCAUGGACAAGGGCAUAUCCAUAUGUACAAACGCGCGAAUUUGGCUGUAUCGCGAUCUGACGUCACAGCCUUUUGUUCAGUACAUAGCUUGGGUCUCACUGCCGGUCUGUUUGAUAUUAUUCUCAGCCGGCUUUGUCCAUCUCAUCGCACCGCAAAGUAUAGGUUCCGGUAUACCCGAAAUGAAGACCAUACUGCGCGGCGUUCAAUUGAAAGAGUAUCUCACAUUUAAGACACUAGUGGCCAAGGUAAUUGGUUUAACGGCAACUCUGGGCAGCGGUAUGCCAUUAGGAAAGGAAGGUCCUUUCGUACAUAUAGCAAGUAUUGUAGCACAAUUAUUAAGUAAACUUGUCACAUCAUUCCAAGGCAUAUAUGAGAAUGAGUCGCGAAACUCUGAAAUGCUGGCGGCCGCCUGUGCCGUGGGUGUGGGCGCCUGUUUUGCCGCUCCCGUGGGGGGUGUGCUCUUCAGCAUAGAGGUCACCACCACCUACUUUGCGGUGCGCAACUACUGGCGUGGCUUCUUCGCCGCCGUUUGUGGCGCCACUGUCUUCCGACUUCUGGCCGUUUGGUUCCAAAAUGCGGAUACCGUUCGGGCCCUGUUCCUCACGAACUUCACCACCGAGUUUCCCUUCGAUCCCCAGGAGCUGUUUGUCUUCGCCUUGAUUGGUCUUGUUUGUGGAUUGGGUGGCGCCUCCUAUGUUUGGGUCCAUCGGCGAUAUGUCCUGUUUAUGAGAUCUAAUAAGCGGAUGAACAAGUUCCUGCAGAAAAAUCGCUUCUUGUACCCUGGUUUCCUGGCCCUGUUGGUCUCCAGCAUAUCGUUUCCCCUGGGCACUGGUCAGUUUCUGGCCGGCGAACUGAGCACCCAUGAGCAGGUUACGCAGCUCUUUAGCAAUUUCACGUGGUCACGCGAUGAUCUUACCGUGGAGCAGGCGGCCGUGGUGACUCACUGGAUGACCAGCUAUACUAGCGUGUUUGGAAACCUAGUGAUCUACACCCUCUUUACGUUCAUGUUCUCCAUUAUCGCCUCCACGAUACCAGUUCCUUCGGGCAUGUUUAUCCCGGUCUUUAAGAUUGGUGCGGGCUUUGGUCGGCUGGUGGGCGAGUUCAUGGCAGUGACGUUUCCCCAUGGAGUCCGAUAUGGCGGUCGACUAUCGCCCAUCAUGCCCGGAGGCUAUGCUGUCGUCGGAGCAGCCGCCUUCUCAGGAUCCGUCACCCACACGGUCUCCGUGGCCGUGAUCAUUUUCGAGAUGACUGGCCAGAUCACCCAUGUAGUGCCCGUGAUGAUUGCCGUGCUGGUGGCCAAUGCCGUGGCGGCCCUGCUCCAACCGUCGAUAUACGACAGUAUUAUACUGAUUAAGAAGUUGCCGUACUUGCCCGAUCUCCUGCCCUCCAGUUCGGGGAUGUACAGCAUAUUCGUGGAGGACUUUAUGGUGCGGGAUGUAAAGUACAUAUGGUAUGGCAUCUCCUAUCAGAAGCUCAAAGAGGUGCUCAAGCUGAACAAGACGCUGAGAUCGUUGCCACUGGUGGACAGUCCUGAUAACAUGAUCCUCCUGGGAUCUGUGCAGCGGUACGAGCUGAUCAAGAUGAUCGAGAAGCACAUUGGACGGGAGAAGCGAAUGGAGGUGGCCCAGAAGUGGCAGAAGGAGGCCCAGGAGCGGGCACUCGAGGAGGAGAAAAAGAAGCAGGAGGUGGAGCUGAAGAUGCGGCGACCAUCGAGAUUUGAGGUGUUACCUGCUCCGGAUAUUCUCAGUCUGCGGCAGAUUGCCAAUGAUGAAAUGCUGCCGCCCAAAAAGAGGGCGGAGACCAUGCAUAGUUCCCUGGCGCCCAGGAAGUCCAUCCUGAAGAAGACAAACUCCUUCAACCUGAAGACCUAUGCCCAGCCCAUGGCCCAUAGUCCUAGUAUCACUCCCUACACCACAAUCACCGGAAACUCCGAGUUCCGCAUUCGCUCCGCCUUCGAGGCCAUCUUUAAGAAGUCCACAACGCUCCAAGAUGUCCAGCCGGAUCCGGAAACGGGCUCCCUCUCCCCGGCCGCCAGCAACAACGAGGUGGAGGUGCCUCGAACUCCCAGCACUCCGGGCGUUUCCAAAAAGGUUCAGCUGUCUGCACAAAGUAAUUGGGAUUUUGUUACCGAUCAAAUUAUGCUGCAAGUAAACCCUAUUUCAACGGAAGCAACAAAAUUGCCUGCGGAAAAGGAUAGCACGGAUAUAGCAUUAUCAAAUAGUGGGGAUAGUUCAAGCCAGUCACCGAGUAUUAAAUUCAAAACAAACAAAGUUACAGAUGUAAAUAGAUCUCCUCAAAAGGCAAAAAAGUGCACGAAAAUACGGUUUGCCACUGAAGUUGGAGUAAAUGGUUCGCCUACUCGAACGAAAUGUGAAAUAAAAGAACCGAACGAACUGGGAUACUCUAUAGAGAAUGUGGAUGAAACAAAAGGUCCCGAAAUUGAUGUGGAGAGUAUUCAAAAGCCGAAAUCAGUGCAGCUGCCCAGGGAACGUGUCAUCGACAUGUCGCCGGAGGAUCAGAAGCAAUGGGAGCUCGAGGAGAUGUUAAAGCCCAUCGAUCUGGAGAAGGCCAAUGUGCACAUAGACCCCUCACCCUUUCAGCUGGUGGAACGCACCUCCAUACUCAAGGUUCACUCACUGUUUUCGAUGGUGGGCAUCAACCACGCCUAUGUGACCAAGAUCGGAAGGCUAGUAGGCGUGGUGGGACUCAAAGAAUUGCGCAAGGCCAUCGAGGACAUCAAUAGCAAUAGCUUUGUGCCCCCCACCCGCGAUGAGGAUGCCGACGACAAGCCGGCGGUGGAGAAACCUCUGCUUUCCACGAACACUAGCGAUAAGGCCGUGGACAUGACCGUCACCUCGAUGGACUCAGCUCUGUCCAACUCCGAGAACUGCUCGGACAUCGAAAUGGAGCACAUAAAGCACACGGAUAAGGGCACAGUUUCGCUCACCAUGCCGCCACAGGAUAACCCACCGGCGGAAACAAAAACCACAGAGAACGGCAAUCAUGCUUGA